AUGAUACAAACAAAAGGAUAUGUUGCGUAUAAUAAUGGAGUUCUAAUACAAGGUUUGAAGUUCACUAAACCAUGUCCAGAACGUGGCUAUAAUUUUAAUGAACCUACUGGAAAUUUUAUGUGUGUAGUACCAACACCAAAAGAAUGUUUUAAUUUAUGCCAAAAUACAGGUUGUACAGAAUGGAAUCAUAUGAAUUUAAUUCCAUCAGGAAGUGAAGAAAUUAAAAAAUAUCAUCGUUGUCGAUGUUUUCCUGAGUAUAAUAUGUGUUUUUAUAAUUAUGUACCUAAAAUACAUCGUAAUUUUGAUUGA